AUGGAGGGGAACAACUCCCGCGCGGGCACCGCGCCCGGUGCAGAGGCCUUCAUAGAUACGGGAGCGGGGAAUGAAAAUGCGGGCAGCGGGGAGGGGGGACUCGUGCUGUUUUCGAUGGCCAAGAAGGAGACGCACACUCCGAAGCGUGGGUUUCGCAAUCUAUUCAGGCGGCUGAAGACGCAGUUCACGGUGGGGCGCAUGACCGCGGACGACUUCAGUCCGGAGCGUCUGUCGUCGGCGGCGAUCCUGGUCCUGGGGUGUCCGACGGAGGAGUUUUUGACGAGCGAGGUGAAGAUGCUGCAGCAGUUCGUGAGCCUCGGCGGGUCGAUCCUGGUCCUCCUGCGCGAGGGCGGGGAGGCGGCGGCGGGCACGAACAUCAACUACUUCCUCGAGGAGUACGGCAUGUCGGUGAACGACGACGUGGUCAUCCGCGCCUCGCACGCCAAGUACCUGCACCCCAAGGAGGUGCUCAUCGCCGACGGGGUGGUCAACCGCGCCGUGGUGACCUGCACCGCGCGCUCCCGCCGCAAGGAGACCGCGCGCGACGCCGACGAGGACGCCCCCGAGGACGCCCCCGAGCGCGACCUGACCUUCGUGUACCCGCGCGGCGCCACCGUCAACGUGCAGAAGCCCGCCGUGCCGCUCCUCUCCACGGGCAAGGUCUCCUACCCGACGCGCCGGCCCGUCGCCGCGGCGUGGCAGGCCCCCGGCGGCCGCGGGAAGAUCGCGGUGGUCGGGAGCGCGGACCUGCUCAGCGACGACUGGCUCGACAAGGAGGAGAACUCGCGCGUGAUGGACUUCCUCUUCCGGUGGAUGCGGCCGGGGGACGACGUGGCGCUCGACCCCAUGGACGCGGACGACCCGGACGUGAACCCGGAGAAGAACGUCGUGCCGGACAUCACCGCGCUCGCCGAGAAGCUCAAGCCCGCGCUCGCGCUCGGGGAGGACCUCCCCACGGACUGGACCACCAUGUUCGACGAGCGCCUGCAAACCCUGCACAUGGGCCACGUGCCCGACGCGGCCGCGCUGUACGAGAAGCUCGGGUUGAAGAAGGAGCUCCUGGGGCUCGUCCGGCCGCAGUUCGACACCCCGCUGCCCGCGCUGCAGCCCGCGGUGUUCGACCCCAUCCUCAAGGAGCCCGCCGCGCCCGAGCUGGAGCUGUUCGACCUCGACGACGAGUUCUCCACGGAGUCGGUCAAGCUGGCGGAGCUGACGAACAAGUACGCGUCGCUGAGCAAGGGCCACACGGACGAGGACGUGGAGAACUACAUCAAGGAGGCCGCCAACAUCCUGCACCUCGAGACGCCGCCGGGGGGCGAACGCACCGCCAAGACCAUGCUCGCGCAGGCGUUCCGCAUGAUCUGCGAGUACAAGAUGAGCUAG